UGAUUCUCAGCGUUCCACGCACAAAAGAAAAAAAAAAUAUUUUCUUAAAAAAAAUGGCUUCCUUCCCCGUUUUCUCUGCAAGAUGCUUUGUCUCAUUGGCACAGCUAACUCACUUCAUCGCCACCUAAAUCGAAACCCAUUCCCUUCUCUCUCUUUCUCAUCUUCCUUCACUCACUCACUAACUCACUCUUCAAUUCUAAGAAACUAUUAUUGUUCACACUACUCUGCAAUGCAACAAAAACACAACACUCUAACCAAAAUGCAGGUUUAGCUUGCAAUCUGUGUAGAUCUGAAACCAAUUUGGAUCUCAAAAAAAUAACAGAUUUUGAGUUCUGGGUUUUGUUAUUUGGUUCAUUGGGUAAUUGAAAAAGCAUUUUUUUUUUGGAGGCAUUGUUUGGAAGAAGAUAGAUGGGGUCUAGUGGCAGUAAAGCCAAUUCUUCUGCUUGCAGUUCAUCGUCUUCUUCUUCGGGUAGUUUCAGGAAAGGUCGAUCUAAGAGGCAUAGAGGCUUCCCAUCUUAUUGUUUGGGAACAACUUCUGGAUCUCAUGACAGUGAUCAUGAAGACCAGGUUUGUGAUCAGAACAAAGUAAAUGGAAGUGGAGUUGAAAUAGUUGCGGAUGAAGUGAAAUCAAAAUCCUUUAGAAAAGCCAAGUAUGAUGAUGAAAUGCCUCCUAACAUCGACCUUGACGAGUGGGAUCACACAGCAUCCAGAACCGGUAGCAGCUCUAAUCAUGCUUCUUCAACUCAGUCUUUGAAUCCUUCAAGUAGAUUCCUUUCUCGCUUUAGCUUCAUUCCUGGUAACAUAAGCUUCAGACUUAGCAGAACCACCAGUCUUGGUUCAUCAAGGCCUUGUCCUGUUUCUUCUGGAAGUCUCACCAUAUUUAACAGUGAAGAUGAGCUUAAUCCUCAUCCAAGCCACCCUGGAAGCUUGAUUAAUAGAAAUGAAACUCAACAACGUAGAGAAUUGCUUAAUGCAUCUUUUGAUGAUCGAGUGCCUAUUCAGUAUCAUGGAGGUGCUUCUACCGAUUUUAGAUCUAAUGCACCAGCAUUGGAUUCCUUUGGCAGCUUAGCAAGAAGUCCCACAAUUUCUCCUGUCGCGGACGUGAUUAGAGAUGGGGAAGGUACAAGAGAAGUGGUGGAUAUGAACUUGUUUUCUCCAAGAAUUCAUACAGAGGCAGAAAAUGUUGAGACAAGACAUACUGAUAGACGAAAUGGGGCUCGAGAACCUGUCGAUCGAAAUGUACGCUUCAGCCGAACUUUAAGUGUUGGAAGACUUAGAGAUAGAGUACUCCGACGAUCAACAUUAUCUGAGUUCACGUUUGGCCCUCUGCAACAGGAGAGGGAAGCAAGAGAUGCUAGUUGGGACAGAGGAAGAGAAGUGGGGGGGAGAGAUACGAGAGUGCCACGGACUAGUCAAAAUGCUGUGAAUUCUCCAACUACAAUUUCUAGCUCCUCAUUUAGUGUUCAUGACUUUGAUGUUGAGACUUCACGAUCUAGAGAAACAAGGUAUCAAGAUCUGCUGGAACACAGGUCUAAUUUCCUUGAACGGAGAAGAAGAAUACGGUCCCAGGUUCGUGCUCUUCAGCGGUUGGGAAGCCGGUUUGAAAAUCUGUCUGGACAUGACAGAUCAUGCGUCUUGUCUGGUCAGCACAGAAAUGGUCGUUGUACAUGCCGAAACGGUAGCCGUGAUACGAAUUCAACUGAUGAUACCAAUGCUAGAGCUAGCAUAUCAAGAAUUGUGAUGCUAGCUGAAGCCUUAUUUGAGGUUCUGGAUGAAAUUCACCAGCAAUCGGUUGUUCUAUCUUCCCGCCCUUCUGUGUCUUCUAUUGGAUCUGUUCCUGCACCUAAUGAAGUCGUGGAAUCUUUGCCUGUGAAAUUAUACACAAAGUGCCACAAACAUCAAGAAGAUGCUGUGCAAUGCUAUAUAUGCCUUGUGGAGUAUGAGGAUGGAGACAGCAUGCGAGUACUUCCUUGUCACCAUGAAUUCCAUAAAACUUGUAUAGACAAGUGGUUGAAGGAGAUUCACAGGGUAUGCCCACUAUGUAGAGGGGACAUUUGUGUAUCAGAUACACUGCCAAUGGAGAACUAAAAAUAGCAAAUUUGUUAAUCAGUAUCACUCAGAGCUCAUGGGAGUAGUAAAUUAUUGCACAUACCCUUAUGUGACCAAAAAGAAAGUUCAGUCCUCUUUUCAUCAAAGUAUUGUCACUGAGCCACUGUUUUUCAAUGAUUAUUUACUCCAAUUUCUGAAUAAACAUCAAUCCAAACCCAUGGUAGAAAUAGACUGAACUACUGCCUGCCACUCCUUGCCGAGAAAUGAUUGUGCGACUCACUUUUCGCCUUCUUACUCGGGACUCAUUAUCCGACAUAGGAUGGAGUGUCGCUCCGUUUUAAACUACAGUGACGCUCCAUCCUAUAUUGGUUAGGUGAUUAAU